GACCUCAAGAAUUUUGGGGGGCUUUCAGGAAAUGCAGAGUUUGCUUUCCCGCACCUACCACCGCGAUGAAGUUCCCGGUGCAGGCCACACAGGCUGUGGUAAAAUUAGCUCUUAAGGGAACUUUUAUCCCUCCGGUUUCCACCUUGCUUUCUGUCGAAGGGUAACCCUGGCUUCUCCCACUCAACUUGCCUUCGGAGCGGGGACUAACCAGAUCAUUGCGCCGGCCCUGUUCCUGGGAAUCUCGCCCACGCACUGCGCCUGCAGACGCUGGGAUGGUCGGGACUAUGGGGGACAGACUGGAAGCCUGGAACAGGCCAGGAACAUCUGGAACUGCUGGAGAUGAGGUGCCUCGUCUCCGCGCCUAUGCACGCCGCUGGAUCUUCCUGCUGGUGGUCAGCCUCCUGAGCUGCUCCAACGCAAUGCUAUGGCUCAGCUUUGCACCUGUAGCGGACACCAUUGCACAGCACUUCUUCCUGUCCAUGGACCAGGUCAACUGGCUAUCACUAGUCUACCUUGUAGUAUCCAUCCCAUUUGGCAUGGCAGCCAUCUGGGUUCUGGACUCCUUUGGACUCCGUGGAGCCACUGUCCUGGGUGCGUGGUUGAAUUUUGCUGGGAGUUUGCUACGUGCUGUGCCCUGCUUGGAUAUCAGGAUCCCCAAUCCCUUUGCCUUCUUCAUGAGUGGCCAGAGCCUCUGUGCCCUGGCCCAGACUCUGGUCAUCUCUUCUCCAGCCAAGCUGGCUGCCUUAUGGUUUCCAGAGCACCAGCGAGCCACAGCUAACAUGAUUGGCACCAUGUCAAAUCCUCUGGGCAUCCUUAUGGCAAAUGUGCUAUCUCCUGCCCUGGUCAAGAAGGCAGAGGACAUCCCCAUGAUGCUUGGCAUCUACAUUUCCCCUGCUGCCCUUGCCUGUCUCUUGGCCACUACCUGCCUCUGGGAGAGUGUGCCUCCUACCCCACCAUCUGCAGGGGCUGCCAGCUCUACUUCAGAGAGUUUCCUCCAUGGCCUCAAACUGCUCAUACGGAAUAAGGCCUAUGUUAUCCUGGCCAUAUGCUUUGGUGGUGGCAUUGGUGUCUUCUCCAGCUUCUCAGCUCUCCUGGAACAGAUGCUUUGUGCCAGUGGCUACUCCAAUGAGUUCUCAGGCCUCUGUGGGGCUCUCUUCAUCGUGUUUGGGAUUUUGGGGGCACUGCUUCUAGGCCUGUAUGUGGAUCGGACCAAGCAUUUCACUGAGGCCACCAAGAUAGGCCUCUGUCUGACUUCCAUGACCUUCGUGGCCUUUGCUCUGGUGUCCCAGCUGCAGGGACAGACCUUCGCAUUGGCUGCCAUCUGCUCCCUCCUUGGGCUCUUUGGCUUCUCAGUGGCACCUGUGGUCAUGGAGCUGGCAGUUGAAUGCUCGUUUCCUGUGGGUGAAGGUGCCUCUGCUGGCUUGGUUUUUGUCCUGGGGCAGGCCGAGGGUGUGCUCAUCAUGCUGCUACUGACAUCACUGACUGUACGGAGAACAGGUCCAUCCUUUUCUACCUGCCGACAGGGUGAGGAACCUCUAGACUGGACAGAGUCCCUGCUGCUGCUGGCUGGCCUGUGCACCCUUUUCACCUGUGUCUUGGUGCUGUUCUUCAACACUCCAUAUCGGCGCCUGGAGGCUGAGUCUGGAGGACCUCCUUCACCCAGGAUGUGUGCCAAGGAGCCAAGGAUAGUAAGCCCUACCCAAGAGCCACCCCUUGAGACUCCUGGAUUGAUGCCUCUAGCUGGGGCCUUGCAGGAAGCUCCUGACCCUGCUUCCCUCCACAAAGGACACUCAGAAUGGGCAGAGACAUCCAGGAAAGCAGAAGCUUGCUAGGGUCUAUUUGACUGUGCCAGUCAUACUAAGAGCUCUGACAGGGACACAGGGUCCUGAGCAUGCCUAGGGGAUGAUGGGAUGGCCUUUUGUUCCUCGGGUAGACAAUGAUUGAUUGAAAAUAACUGCUGUUGUAUGGAUACUAGUCAGUUAGGGUGGACCCUGGCCAAACCAGACUUGUGGUGGCUGCUGCACGGAGGGCCUGUUCAGAGGCAAAGGGAGUGAGUGGGAGAUUCCUGGCAGGAAACUGAGGGAGUUCUGAGGAUUAUGGCAUGGCCAGUCUGAGUUAGACAAGUGUAGGAAGAUUUUUGUCUCAACUGAGUGACCAGACACUUAGCCUGAUUCUAGGAUAGCACAGAGGGUGGUGAGCUGGUCUGAGCAGAGUGGGAAGCAGAAGGAUCUCUGGUAGACACACUCCCUCCAACGAACACUCACAGGUGUUUGUGUGUCCAACUUUAUUGAACUGGUUGCAGCUUAUAGCCUGAAGAAUAGAGAAGCUCAUGCUGCCUCCUAUGUGUGGGUGAGCCUGUAGCUCAGCACUUUGUAGUCUAGGUUUCCAGCCACAUCAAUGAAGGCAAACUCCAACAUCUGAUUCACUUGAAUGAGCCCUAGAUGGGUAGGGUAUUGGUAGGGACAUCAAGUUGUUGUUGAGCCUGGAGAGACCAGGCUCCUGGGCUCCAGACCAGACACAGUAAAUUUCUGGCACUGAACUCCA